GUUUGCACCCUACCCAUGGACAUUUAUGCCAUUGCGAAACCAAAACGCUGGAAGACAAUGUCGUUUGGGAGCAGCUGCACGAGGAGGGAGUGGUCGUUGGGGCCUCUGCUUCUCCAAUCAAAUCCCUGUCCUUCUCGUCUCGCCACCGCUUCACUGCCGCGGGAACUCCUUCGGUCUGCAAUGGCGUCCUCCCUCACCUCCCUAUCCUCUAUCAACAUCCCCCGCCGCUGCCGCUGCUUCAGCCUCAGGUACCUCUCUUCGUGGCCGCUGCCACUCAUCUCCGCCUCCUCCCGCUUCUCCGACUACCCGGCGGCUCUGCCGCGCAGGACGAGAUUCUCCGCCACUUUCUCCAGAACCUUCUCCCGGCCUCAGCUCCCUCCAGCCACCAAGACCUCUGAAGUUCCGCCGCUGCGCCAUUUCAUCGCUCAGUCGGCAGCGGCGGCGGCUCUGACCGCUCCGGAGGCACAGCCAGGCACAAUCCCGGCCACUGAAGAUCAGUCUAGAGGUCGAAUAUACCAUGAAACAUACGGAUGUCAGAUGAACAUCAAUGACAUGGAGAUCGUCCUUUCUAUCAUGAAGAAUGCUGGCUACAGCGAAGUAGUGGAUGUUCCUGAGAGCGCGGAGAUCAUUUUUAUCAAUACCUGCGCCAUUCGGGACAAUGCCGAGCAGAAGGUGUGGCAGAGGCUUAAUUAUUUCUGGUUUCUUAAGAGGCACUGGAAGAGCAAUGUUGCUAUCGGUAGGUCAGACUCAUUGCGGCCUCCUAAGGUAGUCGUGUUAGGAUGCAUGGCAGAGAGGUUGAAGGACAAGAUACUCGAUGCAGAUAAGAUGGUUGAUGUGGUUUGUGGCCCCGAUGCUUAUAGAGACUUGCCUCGUUUACUGGAAGAGGUUGAUGCUGGUCAGAAAGGGAUAAAUACUCUUCUUUCUCUGGAAGAGACUUAUGCUGAUAUUAACCCGGUUAGAAUAUCGAAAAGCUCUGUUUCGGCUUUUGUCUCUGUAAUGAGGGGUUGCAACAAUAUGUGCUCGUUUUGCAUAGUCCCUUUUACUAGAGGGAGAGAGAGAUCACGUCCCGUUGAGUCGAUCGUAAAGGAGGUUGCCGAGCUUGCAAAAGAAGGUGUGAAAGAGGUAACGCUUCUGGGACAGAAUGUUAACAGCUACAAUGAUAUGUCUGGGCUCGAAAAUGAAGUUGAUCCGGGUACCAACUGGAAAUUCAGCGAAGGUUUUUCCAGCAUGUGCAAGGUGAAGAAAAUGGGUCUACGGUUUGCGGAUCUUCUUGACCGUCUUUCAUUAGAGUUUCCUGAGAUACGAUUUAGAUACACAUCUCCCCACCCUAAAGAUUUUCCGGACGAGCUGCUCUAUAUUAUGAGAGAGAGGCACAAUGUCUGCAAAUAUAUCCAUCUACCUGCACAAAGUGGGAGCAGCUCGGUAUUAGAGAGAAUGCGUCGCGGUUAUACCCGUGAAGCAUACUUGGAUCUGGUGCAAAAGAUAAGGACAAUUAUUCCAGAAGUGGGAAUAAGCAGCGACUUUAUAUGUGGUUUUUGUGGAGAGACUGAGGAAGACCACCAAGACACUCUUAGCCUCAUAAGAACUGUGGGCUAUGAUAUGGCAUACAUGUUUGCCUACAGCAUGAGGGAGAAAACCCAUGCACACAGGAACUACACCGAUGAUGUUCCCGAGGAUGUGAAGCAGAGGAGGCUAACCGAACUGAUUGGGACGUUUCGUGAGAGCACAGGUAAGUGCUACGACUCUCAAGUCGGGACCAUCCAACUGGUGUUGGUCGAAGGACCAAAUAAGAGAGCUCCAGACACAGAACUUAUCGGCAAGAGCGACAGGUUUCAUAGAGUGUCAUUCAAGAACCUCCCGGUCCUUGACCGAGAUAAUGAAUCAGCUAGCAAGAGAAACCCCGUAGUUGGUGAUUAUGUGGAAGUCCGCAUCCUGAAAUCUACGCGAGCAUCUUUGUUUGGAGAAGCGAUCGCAAUCACAAAGUUGAGUUUGUAUCACAACGUCCAGGAUGAAGAAUCAGUCGUUUUUGAAAGCAGAGCCUGAAUGUUGGUAUCUCCUUGAGAAUGAAUUAGAUGGGACAGCUUUUUCUUUCUAUUGAUAAUGACUUCUUCUCUGCUGGAUGAAGCUCUGAUAAAGAAGAUACAGAGUCAGUCUUCAGAGAACGUUAAUUCGCUGCUAAGCUCGGGUUUCCCAUGGUUUUGUUGGAGGACACUCUUCAAGAUUCAGCAGUAUUCUUCAAUGAAUUCCGCCGAGCUAGUAUUUAUUACUGCUGGAGGGAAAUCAUUCUGAGUCGGCCCUUUUAGGAUUGUUAUCUUAAUCUCAUGGCAAGAGGAAAGAAAGAGUACGGGGUCGAUGUCUUUUUAGGAGAAAUUAGAACCGAGAUGAGGAAUGUAAAUGAAUUCGACAUUUCUGAAUAUGAUGUCUUUCACCUUUGCUUUA